CAGCUGGCCAUCUCCAGUAUCUUCUUUCUGAACAGCUGAAAUGGCUCUCAAUGGUAAAACUGCAGUAGUGACUGGAGGAGCAAUGGGAAUAGGAAAAGCAAUAGUGGAAAUUCUUCUGCAAAAUGGUGCCAAGGUAGCUAUUCUGGACAUGAAUGAAACUAUAGGACCUUGUUUGGUGGAAACCCUGACCAAAGAGCACGGACCAGACCGAGCAAUGUUCCUGUUCUGCGACGUUGAAUCAGAAGAUGAGCUCAAAGCUGCCUUUCAGAAAACUAUAGAAACCUUUGGAGGAAUUGACAUCCUGUGCAACAAUGCUGGAGUCUUCAAUGAGGUGACAUGGGAGAAAACAAUCACCAUAAACCUUAUGGGCACUAUUAAGGGAACUUAUCUGGCUCUGGAGCACAUGAACAAGCUGACCGGGGGCCAUGGAGGGAUCAUCAUCAAUGUAGCAUCCAUGGCUGGUAUUGGCCCUCUGUCUUGCUGUCCUGUCUAUACAGCUACCAAGCACGGUGUGAUUGGGUUUACUCGUUCAUUUGCGGCUGCCUCUGUAGCCUCAGGCUAUGGUAUACGGAUCAAUGCACUCUGCCCAGGUUUUGUUCAAACGGACCUCUUCUCUGCUAUCCAGUCCAAACUGGGACAAUUUUCUACCAUGGCAGGUGCAACCCAGGAACUAAUAGAAAAACUUGGCGUGUUAACGGCUGCAGAGGUAGUCCAGUGCUUCCUUGAGCUGGUGACAGAUGAGACCAAAAAUGGAGAAGCCCUCCUGGUGCUCCCAAAAGAGAAGAAAUAUGUCAAAUUUCCAGUAUCGCCCACUGAUUAACUUUCCAUGAUCAUCAUUCAAAAAUGUCUUGCAGGCCUAUAUUGCAGAAUUUAAACUGUGUAUAGCAGGUACUUCAAUAAAAGCUGAAAAUGUGAAA